AUGUGCAAUUACAAUUGCUCGGUGCACCCGACCACUAUCGAUCAAGACGACGAUAUCACGGGGAUCGGAGUUUUAAUCGGGUACGUUGUGACUGCGGGCAUGGUGGUACUCACUAUCGUGUUUUACUACUUGCUUUCUUAUCAAGCGUGUCUCGACCCCUUUCGCGACGGGCAUAUCAAUCCCCUGUUAGCCGUACAGCCACGACCAAAUCCCAUUGAUGAACUAGUGCUUCGGGGUCCACGGGGACUAUUGACUAAGAUCUUUGGUACAGAUAGUAGUGGAUUCAGGAUCCAUGCCCGUUUCGAAGGCUCGCUGGUCAAGUGCGUCCUCGCCAUGAGUGACAUCCAGAUAUUCACGGGAGUAUCCAUCAUGGUCAGCGGUGUAGCGCAGCUCAAAUGUGGAAUCUCCUGCUACCAAUGGCUGGUAGUAGUCUACCUGGCAUGGUUUUCCAGUCUGACCCAUCUCUCGUGUCUAACCCUUCUCCGGAAUUAUCUACACAAUCGACCGGCUGAACGAACCUGGCGACUCGUUUGCAUGUUUGUACUCGUGGUGCUCCUCUUCUUCGCUUUUCUCCCCGCGGCCAAUUAUAGAUGGCAGAUAACGGAUGAGUACACCGGUAUUCCCACACCUAAGGACUACGCAAUCUGUUAUCUGAAACCGAUGUUAAGACUUGACCCACAUGCGCACUCCUAUUAUUGGGAAGGGUUGAAUUACUAUUCCUACAGUGAACAUGCUAUUAUCGCUACGUCGAUAUCGCUCGUUUUGUUAUGUGUCGGAUUUAUGUGUCGGGUUGUGUGGUGGCUCAUGAUUAGUUUCAUUUGGGGCGUGGAGCGUUUAUUCAAUACCACCACUAUAGUCCCGAGUAAGGAGGACACAAAGUGGACUUUUGGUCAGGUCAUGUCCGUUGCUCUCCUUGCUAUACCUCUAGUAACGGUCAUUGAGCUGCUUUAUCCGGAACCCGAGAAACAAAAGGAAGACACACAACAAACUAGAAGGAGCUACCUUUCAUUCGGUCAGAACCAGGACCGCUCUAGCCUCGAAUAUCUCGAUGAGCUACCUUCGCCCAUUGCACGACAUCUCACCCGCGCCUCGCACUUCGAAGUCAACGAUGAUCCCGACUACGAGCUGCACUACAAAUCCGGUUGCCUGAAUGUGCCGGCUCUGACGCUAACCCUAUCAGUCAUUUUCCUCUCCAUCUGGUGUCUCACUCAGGCCUCAAUGCUCAACAGCCUGAUGGGACUUGGCUUUUUGCAAAUAUCCUUUUACCCCUGGGGCGUUACGCCGCUAGUAUUGAUCUUUUCCGUUUAUAACAGCAUCCUUUUCUCAUUCAUGUCCACUAGUGUUUGGACCAUGGAACGAGGCAGCCGAGAGACUAAACGCUUCUUUGUGCAAUUCUCACGUGUUUUCGUGACGAUCUUCUUUAUUGGCGUCACUGUCUUCAUGUUUUUAUUUGCUGGUGGUGGCGGGGAAUGGGUCCAGUGGGUGGCUGUUGGUGUGUUUGGCAUGUAUUUCCUGUGUUCUUUGUUGUUAGCAUCCUUGGUGGAGAUCGUCGCUGGGCACAGCCCUGCGGCGAAGCUCAUCAAGCUGACUUUCGCAGUGGAUUUUAUUACUUCGAGAUAUCAAGAAUUGAACCCGUACCAAGGUCGCUUUUAUGUGCCAAAUAUGUGGGUUGCUAAUACCGCUUUUCGGCAGCAGCGACUGAAAGCCUGGCAGCCAAUUCUUACCCCUAAAAACAUUCUCCCCAUUUUUCUGGUCAUCGGAUUUUUAUUGGUCCCAAUUGGUGGGGUUCUCAUUUGGGCGAAUUCUUUGGUUCGAGAGAUCGUGAUUGACUAUUCGGAUUGCUGGAAGGCGCCGCUGGACUCAUCAGUAGCCAUCCCCGAUAACGUACAGACGACAUUCAAGUUAAAGACUAGGCAAGAUGCCCGCUGGCAGCGAAAACACGACCCCGCGACGAAUACUACCACAUGUUCUUUGUUCUUUGAUAUCCCAGAAACACUCGGACCGCCGGUAUAUCUAUAUUAUCGGCUUACAAACUUCCAUCAGAACCAUCGCAGAUAUGUCCAGUCGCUUGACCUGGACCAAUUGAAGGGCAAAGCCCUCUCUAAUACCACUUUGGCUAACGGCACAUGUGAACCCUGCGCGGUUGAUCCUGCGACCAAAAAGCCCUACUAUCCCUGUGGAUUAAUUGCCAACUCCAAAUUCAACGACACUAUUGGUAAACCUCAGAAUCUACAAGAGGAGGGGACACCUUUCUACAACAUGACAAAGACGGGAAUUGCGUGGCCAAGUGACCGGGAAUUGAUCAAAAUGACGCAGUACAAGCCAUGGGAGGCUGUCCCCCCACCGAACUGGGCACAUUACGGCCUCAACUACACGUACGACAACAUGCCUAAUCUUCAUGAAGAUGAAGAUUUCCUCGUUUGGAUGAGACCGGCCGGUUUACCCUCAUUCAGCAAGCUUUCUAGAAGAAACGAUCGUGACGCAAUGCCCACGGGGUUUUACAGGUUGGAUAUCCAGGACAGGUUUCCGGUCACGGAGUACCAUGGGACUAAGGCAAUUCUGAUAUCCACUAGGACUGUGUUGGGAGGCAAGAACCCCUUUUUCGGAAUUGCUUAUGUGGUUGUUGGUGGGAUUUGUGUGCUUUUGGGGGUUGCAUUUACUAUUGCACACUCAAUUCGACCCAGGUAUGGUACUCCCGAUGGGAUAUCCUCCCAGAUGUUAAUCAUUUGUCAGAAAAUUGGGCGACUCGACCUAUCUUUCCUGGACGCCUUCAACCUGAUCGACCAUUGCACUUGCUGCUGGACAAAC